CCAGAGGUUUUCAUAGUCCCGUUCUUUCAAACCUAGUUCUGGAGACCGCUUCUUGCUUUUCGUAGCCCGAGUUGAUAUUUUCCAGCUCUGCAAGAAAGUAAGAAGCAAGUAAUCUCUAAUUAUCGCUCGAAUUGAUGACAACUGUGGAGCGAGGAGUUGGCGGGAAUACCCUUCUGCGCGCAACUCGUUUCCGAUAGGUUUGUCCACAUUUACUUUCAUCCUUUUUGUCUUACACGAAAAACAUUAUUCCAUGACUUGGAACCUCUACCACAAAAUGACAUCGGAAACUCCCCUCGUUCGGGAACGAGGCGCGCAAUACCCGGAUUUUUUCAAAAAGUGAGAACGCAGCGAGUUUUCGUGUGGGCUCUCGUUCCGGAACGAGAAACGAAGUGAGAACUCACUGAAUUGCCACUCCAGGACUUUUUAAAAAGUGAGAACGCAGUGAAUUCUUGCGCGGCUUCUCGUUCCGGAGCGAGAAAUGGAGUGAGAAUUUACUGAAUUCUCACUCCAGGACUUUUCAAAAAGUGAGAACUCAAUGAGUUCUCACUUGGUUUUCGUUUCGGAACGAGAAAUGGAGUCAGUAGAAUUUAGUGAAUUCUCAAUCCCGGUAAAUUCGGGAUCCCAAAGUGGGACUUUUCAAAAAGUGAAUAUUCACUGAAUUUUCACUCGAUUUCUCGUUCCGGAACGAGAAGCCGAGUGAAAAUUCAGUGAGUAUUCACUUUUUGAAAAAAAUAACUUUUGGAGCAUGCAUGUUUCUGGAGAGAGGCUUCGGCUCCCGGGCGGAGUUAAAAUUUUCCGAAAGUGAAUACUCACUGAAUUUUCACUCGAUUUCUCGUUCCGGAACGAGAAGCCGAGUGAAAAUUCAGUGAAUUUUCACUUUUUCUUUUUGAAAAAAAUCACUUUUGGAUCACGAAUUUUCCGGGAGAGAGACUUGAGCUCCCAGAGUGAAAAUUUUCAAAAAGUGAAAAUUCAGUGAAUUUUCACUCGAUUCCUCGUUCCAGAACGAGGCCUCGUUCCGGAACGAGGCCUCGUUCCGGAACGAGAAAUCGAGUGAAAAUUCAGUGAAUUUUCACUUUUUGAAAAUUUUCACUCCGGAGGCGAAGUUUUCCCGGAGCGCGAAUUCGGGAAGCAGGAUUUUUCCAAAAGUGAAAAUUCACUGAAUUUUCACUCGAUUUCUCGUUCCGGAACGAGAAACCGAGUGAAAAUUCAGUGAAUAUUCACUCCUGGAACAAUCUCACUCCGCUAUUUCGAAAAGUGAAUUACUAGGCUUCUGGUUCUUCCGGAGCAAGGGCUCGCUGAAUUACCACCCCAGAGAAAAGCUAUCUCAUCCCGGAAUCAUUCUAGAAGUGGGAUUUUCGUAGAGUGGCAAUUCAGUGAGUUAUGACUACAUGAACAAAAAAAAACCGCAAGCGCUGACCUUUUACAGCACACAUGGCAGAAAUAGGGCGAGGGCUACCGAUUCAAAUUGCAGGACGUUCCGUAAGCGUGUUGCUCUGUCGCUAGUAGCGUUUGCUGCAUGGCGCGAAAAAUUUUUUGCGAGCCUUCUAAUUGCAGCGCGCUAUUGCCCGCGCCACAUCGCCGAUAGGAACGCCCUGCCACACUGCCUGCAAGGUGCCUGUGAUGUCGUUCGUAAGCCACGCCCGAUUUUUGUGGUUCGCAACGUCGCCCGAUGUUUUGGCUUCAGUAUGUUUAAAACGCUCAAAGUUGUAGCAUUUGGGCUCUCGUUCCCCAACGAGGGGAGUUUCCGACGCAAAGGGGGGGGAUUUUCCAAGUCAUGCAUUAUUCAUAUUCUUCAAAACCAAAAGCAAAUUCAUCUGUGUUGUGUUAUUGAAAAGUCAACUACAUCAUUCUGAUUUUUGUUCUUCAAUUUUGCCUUUUCUAACUCUCUUCGAAGUGGUUACAGCUACUAUCGAAGGGGCUACCACUACAAGCGCCUAUUUGCGAAACCGUCACGCCUCGUCGACGCAACCAACCCGUCCGCCCCUCGCAGAAGUUCAAGUUGUAGAUCAUGGGUCGGCGUAAGAAAACCAAGGCCGAGGAGGAGGCGGAGGCCAAGGCGAAAGCGGAAAACGAGAAUGCGAGUCAGCUGGAGAAGCUGAAGCAGUUCCUGGUAUGCGUUGCAAAAGCUGCCUCGUUGUACCUACGGAGUAAUUCUUGCAUCACAAAUCUCUUUUGAUGUGUCAAAAAAGAAGUUUGUCAGGCACAUGCUGGAACAAAAGCAAAACGUAUGAGAAAUUGAGAAUGCAUGAUUGCAAGUACUACGACUACGAGUACUACAGCACAACUUUUGCAAAGGAUACCUCGCCGACAUCAACAAAACGCCGGAGGAAUUGGAGCGGCGCAAGCGCGACGAGGAAGACCCGCUGAUUUCUGAUGCGAGCGACGAGCCGACCGACUACGAGUCCCCGGGCACGCCCCCGAAGGUGCCCACCCCCGAGGGGCUCAGCGAAGAUGAGUACUACAAGAUCUACCGGCAGCGCCGGAUCGACGCGGCGCAGCGGCUGCAGCGGCGCGCCCGCCGGGCGGCGAAAAAGAAGAUCCGGAAGACCACGAUCGAGUGCCUGGAAUGGCAGCUUGGCUUCAGCGACAACUUUUGCGAGCUCGCGGCUUCGCGGCUGAAUAGCCCCAUUUUGCGACACUACAAGAAGUCGAAGAUCCGGAAGUGCGAGGCCUUUCUGAUCCAGGACGUGGAACUGCUGCGAAAACCGAGGUUGGAAGUGAAAAACGCGUUUCCGAAAACCUUCAACAUGGAAAUGACGUGGAACGACCUGCACGAGAUUGUGUUGGAGUUGACGAAGCCGAAAGAGACCGAGGAGCAGAAGAAGAAGCGGCAGGGCGUGAUGGGCCCCAAGGGGCUGACCACCAUGGACGACUUUCUCGACGGCGCCGUCGCCGAGGAACCCACGACAGACGAGGAGGAGCUGGCCAAGCGCAAGCAGGCACUGAAGGAAAAAGCGGAGCGGCAGGCCGAGCUGGCGAAGAAGCGGUUAGAUUUAGAAAAGGAGCGGCAGUCCACGACCAGUGCUCCCGCCGGAGGCGGUCAACAUGGGGGGCUGCAGCAAGGGAGUGCGAGUGGUUCUACUUCUCGCGCUGGCACAGGAAGUAGAGGAGCUGCGAAUAAACUCCGCCAAGCGGUCGGACAAAAGUUGUUCACAAUUCGAAAAUUCUCCGCCGGCGGCCGGGUGGCGACCCCCUUACCGGGACUCGGACCACAGGCUGCCAGUGGUCCUCUUGGAGCAGAUAUGAACACCAUCAGGUCUCCUGUUGAACAUCAAGAUUCCACUGCUGGCAUCGACGACAAGCAGGCCAAGGAAGAGCGCGAACACCUAAAAACUGCGGUUUUCGGGGCGAGCGCGGUAAAGAAAAAGAAAACGUACAAGGCCCUCGCCAGUGCUAUGACAAUGCACACGAACUCCCCCUCCCCCUCAUUUGUAUAGCAUGAACGGCAAUACAAACAUCAGCAAGAAUGCCGGUUUUGCAUGACAAAUCUGCACUGGAUUGUAGUGCUCCUCGGGCUCCUUCUAGGAUUUGUCAUGCAAACAUUGCUACAAGGCAGCAGCUGGAUUUGGGAUUUUGCAUUACAAAUGAGGGUGAGGGGGAGUUGUGCACUUUCAUAAGUGCGAAGCGGAGAGUAGCGAAGAUAACGAAAACCAAAAAUGGCGAGGAACAAACGCCGUCGGUCGUGACCGGCGCGUCGGAGGUAGAGGGUGAUAUGCUCUCGGUUCGGGACGUGGACGCUUUGGUGGGCGGAACAGAAUCUUCUUCGCACCCACACCAGCAGAGCCGCGCCUUGAUUGACGAAGGGGCGGAGGCGGGCGACGAGUCAGACGAUAGUAGAGACGAGGAGGAAGACGAAUCUGAUUAUGAGGGCAGCUUGGAACAAGACGGUGGCCAGGGGAUGUUGACUGCAGAUCAUCCCCCGCGUCCGGCCAGCAAAAAGAUGGGCCGUCGGCAUCGGCAAAUCGAGCACGACCUGGCCGAAGCGGUGCAUCUCGGGGGCGAGAUCGCGCGGAAGCUCGAGGGUGAAGACCAGAGGGACGACGAGGCCUUGCUAGCAUCAGGUACUACAACUGCCAAGGUAGUAGUUCCGUCUCUCGACCUGGGGAAAGUUGCAGCUGCAACUACCGUUGGAGCUACCGACGCAGUCGUCCCAAGAGCAGUAGAUGAAGCGGAGCAAGAAGGGGGCCCAGCAGCACAAAAAGAGCUCAGUCCGGCCGAGAAGAAGAAGGCCAGGAAGGAGGAGAAGGCUGCGAAAGCGAAGGCGCAGCGGGAACUGCGCGCUGCCGAAAGAGAAAGUACUAGAGCGGCAGUAGUAGACGCAGGUGAGGACAACUACACGAAAGCGAAGGUAGAGCCGACGCUAACAUCAAUUGGUGAACAGCCAGAGCAUCAAGAGGAGAUGAAGAGUGGAUCAUAUCAACCACAAGGCGAUGAACAGGACGACUCUGGUACUUCUUCACCCUCCGCAAAAAUAAACCCAACGCUUUCUUUCUACGAGCAGAUGAAGUUGGAGCGCGAACAGGCCGACCGACAAGCGGCCGAGGACGAGGCGCGGGCCCGGGCCGCCGCCGCCGCGGCGCACAGCAGGAAAAAGAAGGAUUUUAGUUCCGGUGCGGCCGCCGCCGCCGAGCAGAUGGAGCAGGAGCGGUUAGUCAACGCGAAAAUCGCCGAGGAGCAGCGCGUGGAGAACGAUAUCCACAGGAAAUUUCCCGUACACGUACAAAUGCAGUCUCCGCAUGACAAAACUAGGGUCUGAUCCUAGUUUAGCAUGGCAAAUCUUUACACUUCAAAUUGGUGAAAUUUGUAAUGCAUUUUCUACAUAUGCGGGAAAUUUGUGUUGCAUAAACGACAAGAAAAAGCGCCAGGCGGAGGUGGAGGCCGCGCAACAGCGGAUCUUCGAGGUGGAAGAGCGGCACCGCAUCGCGGUGGAACGCGAGACCAAGCGGAAGGAAUUGAUACGGUUGGAGGAGGAGAAAAUCCUUGCUGAGGAGCGGCGACUGGCCGCGGAAAUCCGGUUCGAACAAGAGGAACUGGCCAAAGAGGAGGCGCGGCGGAAGAAAUACGAGGAAGAGAUGAACUACGAAUGGUCGCGGAUGCUUUUGAAUGACUUUGACUUCGACCGGGCGUGUCUCGCGGCGGAGAAGCGCGCCGCAUUCGAGGCGCAGAUGCGCGCCGAGGCAGAGAAUCAGCGCCGGAUCGCCGAGGAGCGGGCGCGGAUCGAGGAGGAGACAAAGAAGGAAAAAGCCCGGCUGGAAAAAAUGCGCGAGGAGGCCAAGAAGGCCGAGGUCGAGCGCCAGCAGGCCGCGCGGUGGGAAAAACGGGAGGCGGUGGAGCGCGAGAUGGCGCGGCAGAGCCAGCUGCUGUUGGAAUCGGUCCGGGGGAAGCCCGAACCGGAGGAGGAACGGACGCCCCGGGAGCUGCAAGACAUUCUGGAGGGGAAAGAGGUUAGUAUUACUCCGCGAGACGUGUAUGGGGAAGUGAAAAUCGAGGUGGACCACGUAGAGGGUACUAAAGAUAAAUCUGUAGUCGCAGAAGAUGGAGAGCUGGUGCCACAGGACGGGUCUGGGUCGCGCCCGGCAUCGUCCUCGCAAGGGUCCGACAAGAAGCGGCCGCGGUCGCGGCAGAGUAGCUCGCGCCCGUCAACCCGGUCGUCAAACAAAACAACCUCCUCGCGCCGGUCCGCGGCGGGGUUGGGCGCCGAAGGAGUGGGAGGACUACUAGGAACCGGGGGGGAAGAAGUAGGGGUCCCUGCGUCCGCAACAGGAGGCACAUUUGUUCCACAGGAGCAGCCAGGAGGUACCGAGCAAGAGGUUGUGCCUUCCGAACAAACCCGAGCUAGCACUUCUGCUUCGGCACCUCCAAGAGACGGCCUACUUGCAGGUACAACUAGUGGUGACCCUAUUUCCGCAUCCGCUUUUGCCCAAGACCAGCACAUCAGAGUCGAAAGUAGAACUACCGAGGAUCAACAUUCCAUGCCCGGGUUGCUCCCAUCCGCAUCCACACAAGAACAGCAAGUUCUACACGAAGAGCAGCUUCAAGCGGACGACACGCGGACCGUGACGGACAGCGUGCUUUCCGCGCGCGGGCUGGACACCGCGACGAUCACGAGCACGCCGCGGAUGCCCAGCGCCCGUGACGGCCGCCACGUAAUGGAGAAAGACAGUAGUGUCCCGGGGUCCAGCGCCGUCUCCAUGUCGGAAUCGGAGACGGUGCUCCGCGGCAAGGCGGCGGGGACGCCGAGGGAACCAACGGCGUUCGCGGGAGCUAUGGAGUUCUCAAGCGCUACAUUGUCAGUUGUCACAUGAUUUGUCAGUAACUACGUGAUCAAUCUGCUUCGCAUGAAGAUGUGGACCUAUGUAUCGGUCAAACCACAACCACGACCACACUAAUCGGUGAGAAGUUCUUAGCAACUCAGCAUGACCAUGAACAUGAUGAGAUUUUUGAGAGCGCAGCAACGCUUUCAAGGCAGCGAAGACAUUCUUCACGGAAUGACUAGCACACCAAAACACGAACAUCAGCAGGCCCCUGAUUAUCCUAGUCAUGCGCCUCACAUCAAUAAUCUAGUCUUGAACUACUGCCAAGAAACCAAUCACGAUCUCACCUUUACAGCGCCGGCGUUCAGAGUUCGGGACUACACAUAAACAAAUUCGCGAAUGGCAUCAAAACAGCCUGGCAAGAACCUGCGUCUGAUUUGUAAUGCGAGAGGUGCAAGUAGAACCUCACCCCUUUUCUUUUUGGUACCCUUGCGUCACAAAUUCGUGUACCAUUUGAGAAUGUAACGCUUGAGAAUUCCAUAGGCCCGGGCACGAGCUCCGCCGACUCGGACAGUGUGGCGCAUCAAUCCGCCACGGAAUCCGAGGGGGGCGCGGGGAAAACGAAGAAAGCGAAGAGAACACCCCGGCUGAGUGCGAAGCACGCGCCAAUCCCGGAGGAAAUGACCGCGCAGCUCGACCAGGAUGCCGAGGAAGCCGCGACAAAGGCGCGGCUGAUGAAGGAGCAGCUGAUGGAGAAGCGGCGGCGCGAGGCGGAGGAAAACGGGCUGCCGCCGCCGCGGGAAGAGGACCUGGAUUUUGACGCCUUGGACGAGGAGGAGGAAGACGAGGAGGGGCUGGAUACGGACAUUGAGGACCGAGAGUUUGUAUUGCAAGGAAAAAUCCCCCCUCCCCAUAUUGAAAACGAGCCCUCCUGAAAAUUUGUGAUGCACAUUUGUGACCACAAAUGCAAAUCCGCUCUGUCUUGCAAGAAGGCAGAUCUAGGCUGUCCGCCGCGUUAUGUAGGCGAUUUGUAAUGCCAUAAGGCCUACAGGGCAGACGUCUGCCAUGCUAGGCGCCUACAGCAGGAGGCCCCUGCCUUGGCUUGCGAUCUGCGUGCAGUGCUCUACUGCAAGACAAAUUUGAUUUAUGUACAGAAAUCCCGCAUCACAGAUUUCCGUUUUGGUAUGGGGAGGGGGGAUUUUUCGUUUUGAUAGUUCGUCGACUUUCACGACUGGACGCCGAAAUCUUCCAUGUUUGACACGGAAUCCGAGGAAGACUUCCAGCAGGACCGGGCUAUGAGAGUGCACAACCCCCCCUCCCUCUCAUUUGUAUAGCAAGAACAGCAAUACGAACACCAGCGCACGUGGAGCCACUGCAUGACAAAUUUUUUGUGUGCCUAGUGUAGUACUGUUUGGGGUUCAUCCGGAAUUUGUCAUGCAAACAGUGCCACAAGGCAGCGACUGGAUUUGGGGUUUUGCAUGACAAAUGAGGGGGCGAAGGGGAGUUGUGCACUGUCAUACGGGCGGACCUACAGGUAAUCAACGACAAGGAGGUGAAGAAGGCCCGCGAGGCGGAGGACCGCGCGGAGCGCAUGGGCAAGACAGUGGAGCGCAUGGAGACGCCGCGCACGCCCGAACCCGUGGAGAUCGACGUGCUGAACUUUGAUCUGGAGUUUGGCACCGCCAAGCCCGGCACCGAGUUACGGUUGAAAGUCGCGGAGCGGAAACAGGACCGCCUGGAGCGGAAAACCACGGCAAACAUCCGCAAGUCGGUGAGUAUGAAGUACGAAAAGGACCGCUACGAAGAGUACAAGCCGGAAGACCCGAGCACGAAAAAAUCCGACAUGUUUGGCUCCCCCACGGCGGAAAUCAAGGGCUGGCUGAAAGUGCAGAAGAUGUUUAAGUUCAUGGUGGAACUGAAGCACAAAGUAGAAGAACUCCGGUUGGAACGCAUGACCCCGGACCAGGUGCACGCUUCUGACGAAAAGGGGAAGUACUUUAACUUCUUCCAGCCGGUCCCCUUCCAACUGCCGGAAGAUAUUCAGUACCGAAUCACGAGUACGGGGGAAAAGCGCCGCGUCAAGCUGCCGGAGGAGAAAAUCCGGCUCCGGCAAAUCAGCGCGUGCAAUGCGGACGAGCGGCUGCGGUACGUGAUGAAGAAGCCGGACGCGAUCAGUUGGAUCUCCAUGGUGUACGAGUGCACGUUUGCGUUUUCGUUCGAAAAAACGAUGAUGCAGGAAGUGGACCGUGCGAUGCAGCGCAUGAACCUGGAGCGCGAGCGGCUCGAGGAACUGCACAUGAAGUGGCUGACUUUGUUGAUCAAGUCGAAAUUUGAAAACGGCGAAAAGUCGCCGAUGACGAAGGAACUGCAAAAGAUGGUGGACCACCUGCGCGAGAAGCACGAGAGUUGGCGGCCGGAGGAGUCGCUGGAGCGGAACUUCCGGGAUGGGGUGAGGUUUAUCCAGGGCGUACGGGAUGACCCGGAGUUGUGGCGGAUUUUGAUCUAUGGAUUGCAAAUGUGUCUGGGUCUGGGAGGAUGCAGCUUGUCAUGCCAAAUCUGAACGAUGCAAAAAAUCUGUGUUGCAUAAUAAAUUACCAACAGCCGACGCUUUUUUCAACAAGUUGAGAGGCAGUUUCUCAUGCAUGAUAGGCAUGAUAGGGAUCCCACAGAAUCUGUCAUGCUAGUGACUGCAUUUCAGACCUCAUGGGUCAUGGAAACUGGCAUGACAAAUCUUGUAUCCUUCCAGACCCAGACAUAUUUGCAUUUGAUAUGAUCAAACACCGAUCCUUCACCGACGAGGAGCUGGAAGUGGAUUAUCUAUUUCCCGACCGGCUCGUCGUGGAGAUUCUCGACCCCUUGCGGGUCACACCGGCGAAGUACCAAAUGCUGAUCAGCACGAGCAUGUACAACGGAAAAUUCUUCAUGAAGGAGGAGGAGGCGAAGCAGCAAAUCGUGUACCAACUGCGCCCAGAGCCGCUGUCCACGGUGUUGGCCGGCUACGCGGUGAGGAAGUACAAGUCGGAGGACGACCUGCGAAGGGAACGCAUGGUCAAGCAGCGCCGGCGAAACCAGCGGAAGGUCGACCACGAUUUCCAGAACCAGCUGCGGCUGCAGGAGGGCCUCGACAUGCUGCCCACGCCGCUCAACACGCCGAGUGAGCCCGACGUGCAGCCGGAGGAGGGUCCACAGAUGAUCAGCAUGCAGUUGCCCGGGGUGCAAAAGGAGGUCAUGAUAGAAGUCGAGGACGAAAACAAAAUAGUAGAACCAGGCGGAGGGGGGGAAGCAGCGACGUGAACGGGAGGACAAGUAUAGUUCCAGUUCGGCGAACAUAUGAUAGUCAUUUUUCGAUCAUCCUCAACAUCCAUAUCUGGUUGUACGACUUCAAUUGGUUAAAUUUCGGGUUUUGUAUCUACAUAAAAGUAGAAGUACAGUAUCUCUGUCUAAGUAUAAGUAAAAUACUAGAAAUCCUUUUGCUUUUACCUAUUUCAUGCCUUGUUCUGUACAGACAAAAUGUACCCCAUUCCAUGUCGAGCAAACGUGAAAUUGGUUUCUUUAUUCCAAAGUAACAAGUUAGUAGUGUCCGGCGUGGUGGUCUCCUGCCGUUUGCGUCAC